UUCAGUCAAAUGAACUGCUUCUGGUUUUACCCGGAAACAGUUAACUUGCCAUUCGCUUUUAGCAUAGUUAUUCAUGCCACGAUUAAUGUAAACGGCAAUAUUUAAACAUGUCGGCGCAAGCUAUCAGCGUGUUCGUCGCUUACGGUUCUACGAAGCACAAUAUCAAGGUGACCACUCAGGAGGAGGGCAAGAGUCCCACUGUCAAAGACCUGUCAGAUUGUCUCACACAGCUCACCGGAGUCCCUCAAGCCUCUCAGAAGCUAAUCUUCAAGGGGAAGUCGCUGAAAGACAUGGAACAGACACUGUCCAGCUACGGGAUAAGUGACGGAUGCAAGCUCAUGAUGAUUGGAAAGAGGAACAGUCCAGAGGAGGAAGCUGAGCUAAAGAAGCUGAAAGACAUCGAAAAAUCAGUGGAGCAGAUGGCAAAAAAGUUGGAGAAGGUUGACGGGGAGUUGACUGGACUGAAGAAUGGCUUCCUGGCCAAAGAUCUUCAGGCUGACGCUCUGGGCAAACUUGACCAUCGAGUGAAAGUCGCAGCCGAACAGUUUAUGAAGAUCCUGGAGCAGAUCGAUGCUCUGAAAGUCCCGGACAACUUCAAUGACUGCCGGCACAAGAAAAAGGGCCUUGUGAAGAUGGUGCAGAUGUCCUCGCAUCAGGACUUCUUGGCCCAGUGUGACAAGAUGGAGGCUUGCAUAUCAGACCACCUGACAAAGAUCCAGUCUAAAAAUCUGGCCCUGGCAGAUUGAAGACGCAUACCGUUGUUAUUGCUCUGUGAGCAACUACUGUGCUGUGUACAGAAAGCACCUGCGUUAUCUCUAUUUAUUACUAUUGUGGUGUUUUUUGAUUAAAACACAUUUAAAAGCUCUGAAUUGAUGGUUAACGCUUGUAUGAGUUGGAAUCUUGCCUAAAAGAAUCUCACAGAAAGACAACAAAAGAAAGGAGUUCAGUCAUUUUAGUUUUAUUUUGCAUUUUAUUUUGAAGACUUAAAAUGCAAUCACAAUUCUGCUAUUUCUAUUCGAUCCAUUUCCCUGUUUUCCUUUUUUUUUUUUUUUAAUGGAACAUAUUUUGAAUAUUUCCUAUCUGGACAAUUCAUGGAAUCACUCAUAGUUUUACUUCAUUUCAGUUCAAAUUGUCCCUAUUUUACUCUUGUAUUGAGUUAUGUCACUUAAAACAGCAUUUUUUUUUUUUUUUUGCAGCAUUCAACUUUUUUUUUAAACUGAAAUGACUUAAAAACAUUUCACUGCAGAUUUGUUUGAAAGGGGCAACAGUUUGCUGAAACAAAAUGAGUCCGUCCUUUUACUUUUAGAUUAGUCAUUAACUUGUUGAAGUGAGUAUAUCGUUUUUUAACAAGAUAAAAUUCAAAUGUUGAAGCAGUUUGGGGAAAAAAUGCAAAUGCAACUGAAAACUGACGUUUUAUGAGGGUGACUGUCUAAACCUGAACCAAACAAUGAAUUUUUUGUCUUAGUCAAGAUGGAAUGCUGGCAGUUUAAGACAAAAAAAAGUAAUAAAUAACCAGUGGUUUGUUUCGAUGUGGCAAUGUUCCGCUUCUGUUGGCUAUAUGCCAACUGUAUCAAGAGGUGAUCGUGAAGUAAUGAUCAUCAGUCACAGUAACGCAUGCACCGUCUUUAACAGAUACAUGACAUAAGUUCAAGUUUUUAAUACUUGAACACAUGUUCUUAGUGAUGUGCAAAUGAGCAGGAAGCAGCUACAUGAAAGCCUUACGGCGGGCUACACAAAACACACGACGAUAAUUUGCAACUCCUGCGGCGGUGGGGCGGGUCCGGGGGCUAAUUGUCCUUGUCCUUGGCGCCGUGCUUGAGGAUACGCGUGAACGCCAUGUAGUUGAAGUUGCCCUUCUUGUCGAUGGGCGCCUCCCGGAAGAGCUCAUCCACUUCCUCGUCCGUGAACCUGUCGCCCAUGGUGGUCAACAGCUCACGGAGCUGUUCGUCCUGGAUCAUUCCUGCCGUCGCCACAAGACACACACUUGUUACACUCGGUCAUGUAUUGUAACGGCAGUACAAUAGUCCAUAAACUGUACUUCCUUCUUAAAAUUCUGGCAACAUUUCACAUUUUAUUGUACACUGACAAAAAGAUAUUUUCUGAACAUCAGAUUUGUACCUGAACAAAUGAAGUGGGUAAUUUUAAUGUACAUUGGGACUAUAAUAAAGGCUGUCUCAUCUAA